UUGAAGCAAAUAUAGUUCUUUAGUUAUAUUUUUAUUAGAAGCAAUCAAUCGUCGAAAUUAUUGAAAUAGCAUACGUCUAUUUAUUUAAUUCUUUUUCUUUGGGAAUUAAAAGCGAAAAUAAGAAAAAUAAGUUAGUUGAAUGUGUUGAUGGGCUUUCGGUAUCAAGAUCUUAAAGAUAGGGGGGAAAGCAUUGAACUAGAGCGCAAGGAAAGCUUUACAACCGAACGCAGCCAUAACGGAUAUAUAAAACGUAGAAAGACCCUAUUACGUGAACGAUUUUCGCAUCCGCAUGCAAAGGAGGUGCGGAAACAACAGAAGCAGCAAUCACAACGCAGUGCAGUGCUAACAACACAUAGACCGGCUACCGAAUCGGGUCGCAACACUACCGAAACUUUCGAUAACUCGCCAGGCAGCACCGCCUUGUUAAACACCUGUCGCGAUAAGUCUCACCUAGAGCGCGCAGUCAAUCGCACGUCGGUGCAUUUGAAGCGUUUGGCACACGAAAUCGAUAAUGAAAUUACCAAAUUGAAACGUGAACGCGACAAACUAAUGUCUAGAACGCGUCCGCAUCCAUUGAUGCGUAACGCUGCCAUACAAAACGAUUUUCGGGUGGACGAGGCAACGACGAAACUAAGUUUGGAACAAUUCAAUAAGCUCUCCAACAAUAUCGAAUUUACAAUCGAAAAAUUGUCGAGUCAACACAAAUUCGUUUGUACUUCACCGCGUUGCGCGCGUGACGAGCAGACUUCGUGUCGGCCGCGUAUGCGCACUAUCGGUUUGCAGAAGAAUACACAACGCAGCAGUGCUAAUUGCGAUAAUUUAAAGCAUCUGAAGGCGAAACUUGACACUGCCCUACAUUGCUCGGCCACCAAUCUGGAAGCCACCCUGAAGGCAAAGGGGCUGCUCGAAACGGCUCCACCCAAUUGCUAUGCUUUUGACUAUGGCGGUACGGGUGAUGGCCAGAAUUCAUUGAAACUUUAUCACUUACAAAAUUGUCGCUGCGCUGGUGGCUGCAAUCAAAAUGAUUGCAGUUGUAAGAAAGUUUGUGAGCACUACAACAGCAGCGGCAAUUACAAUGGCAUGUUGUGCAACAAGAAUACGUAUGUGGAGAAGGGCUUUACGCCGUGUAGUGAGUAUAAAUAUUGCCGCGAUGAGUAUCGCUAUGACUAUCCUAAGCAGAAUAAUUGUAUGGUGCCAGUGAUGAAUGCACCAUGCACUCCUUGUGUACCAUGCCAGCCAUAUCCGCCUUGCCAACCAUGCAUACCCUACCUACCGCCCUGUCCCACAUACAACGAAAGUCGGUCAAGCAAGGGCAAGGCACAAGUUAUCUAUGGCCGGCAAUUGAGUGAUCUUAAUACGGAUGAGUUUUAUCAUCCCACUGGGCCUUCACGCACAAAGCGUUCACCAACCAAACAUGGCAGUGCAAGGCUCUCAAACACCAAGGAGCGUUUAACGGUGGACGUACCUAAGGAUGGUCGCACACAAGUCGAUAUUGAGAGGCAUGAUCGUGCGCGUAGCAAAUCGCCACGAAAAAGGGAAGGCGAUGAGAAAACUAAACAGCGAAACUACUACCAAACUGCUAAAGGGGCACCGCCAGAUAAAGCGAAACGGCAGGUGCGGGAGCGUAAUAAGUCACAACGCAAGAGUGAAUCAUCAGGCAGCGUGGAUUCCGCGGAAGGAGCUCGCCACACGCAGAGUAAAGAAAAGUUACUCGAAAUCACUUUCACAAAGGAAAGGCGUCGCAAACACUCCUCAGAGUCAGGUGAUGACUGUGUACAAUAUGAGUUGCAAACGCCUGAUCGAGAGUACUCACGAGAGACAAGACACUCUAUGAAGCAGAUGACAAUUACGGCAUAUAAACCUUGUAAACCAGAUGAGAAUGAGACAGGCCGCUGGAAAAAGAAAAAUCACAAAAGCAAAGAUCAAGGUGAUGACGAUAAAACAUGGGAUGAACGUCUAAGGCAAGCGAAAGAUCCACGUGAUGUGGAUGAUUGGAAUGCUGGUAUUCCCACUAUAACAGAAGUCUACGACGACUAUCGAGUGGGUGAUGCAUGGACUGCCGAAGAAGACAAUGUCGUCGGGCAGCCUGCAACCUCGCAAUAUGUUGGAGGCUAUAGGCAGCUGCUUGACGCCUCACCAAGGCGAAGUUACGACAUUAUGCCUGUACAAAAAAACACAGUUCGCGAUAUUCCGCCAUCUCACAGUCCACGACCUGGACAACGUUCACGCCCUGCAGAAUGGCAGAAUGUCGAUGAGAGAGGUCGCGGAUCACGAGGAGCAGAUUCAAGAGAUAUAACAGGUAACGGCUUUGGACGAGAUGGACAGCACAGAACUGGAAGCGAAUAUAGUCACAGUCGGCAAUCGGAUUCAUUUAGGGCAUAUGGGCUUGAAGAGAAACCUGGACGCGAUGGUAGUUAUAGUCCCAUUAAAAAGGGAGCUACGGGAUAUGAUGAGGAGUCUAGACGUGCUUACACACCAAGUGAUAAAUCUAGACCAGAUGCUACCGCAAGUCCAAAUGGAAAACCGCGUUCACGUCGCGCGGCACCUAAUCGGGACCAGGAUUCUAACGUAAUGGCCACACCAGAUACUAAGUAUACUUCAGAUGGAAAACUUUAUGGAGCACGUGAGAGUGACCCCAGUCCAAUAAGAAUACCUCUAGCAGCACAUACCAGUGAUGGUCAGCAGAAAGAUUUCAUAAAAGCCAAGCCACAGGGAGAAUACGGCGCAGAAAAAAUGUACAGCGAACAAAAACGCCUCGAGCGUGACGAUUCUGUGUCCGAAGAAAAACGUAGAAUAGAUAAAAGUGGAAAACUCGACACAGGACAUAUUGUAUCACCAGGUACAGCGUCAGAAGUUCCGGAAAUUAAAAUUGAGGACCUGAAUGAAAGUGAUAGAAGCGCAAGAAGUGCAAAGGAUGAAAGCCCCUUGGCUAAUUUACCCGAACGCGAUAAAUUUGCCAUUAAAGGAGAAAUGGUACUAGAACCACAACAAGCAUUAGAAUUGAAGUAUAAAGAUGGCGAUAAAUUGCGACAAACAGAAGAUCAAACAGGACCAAGUGGAAAGGUAAGUGGAGCAGCCGAUAAAUCUAGAAAGCCAGAAACUCAUGAUGCCACCGAGAGAGAUGGAAGAGGACCAGAGAGCAUAAAACCAACGGACAGAACCGAAAGAAGCGAACGACUUAGUAGGCCCGACACACUCGGUGAAUCUUAUGUGUCUGGUAGGAUGGGAGAAGCAACUGAUCCAGAUAGAUAUCAACUACUAAGUCCUUUCCCCAGUCUGGAAUCGCCCGCAAUUUAUAUGAGACCGCGCACAACUAAUCCAGACUAUGCAACUGCUUGUCGGCCUCCUUCAGUUGACUGUCCUAGAAACGCAAGCCCACGUGUGAAUUGCAUCGAAAAUGCUGGCGAUGUGUAUAUGUGCCAACCACGAUUAUGCAACACACCAAAUGGCUCUCCUCCAUCAUCGCCGUGUAGAUGUGUUUCUCCGAAACGAAGUGGAUCCGAAGUACCAUACGCGAAGUUGGGCGACCAAUAUACGCAUUCACCUGUACGCCAACUAGCUGCCACCUCUCAUUUGGCUAUUGCGCUGCAGCCAGAUGCAGCGACUGGCAAUUAUAUACCAUGCCCAUCUCCGCGAAUAUCUAAAAAUUGCAUAUAUCUGCGUUCGACGGGAACGCAAUACUCGGACACGAACAUUGGAGGACAAGAGGAUCGUUGCGCCCCACAAUAUGCACCACUGCCUAAACAAUGCCGAAAGUCCGAAGAAACAGCUAAGAGUUUAUGUAUGGCGCCAUGUUCGAGUGUACGUGGUUCACCUCGUCAAGAUUUGCAUUCAAAUUGUGAUUCCGAAAGUCCACGAAGCAAUUACAAGUUUCUAUGUGAUGAGGAGAAUGAGGAGUACGAUGGUAAAGUAAAUUUCAGUAAUGAUCAGUGGUGCGAAAUGAUGGAAAUCACCAAUUCCGAGAAAACACGCACCAUAAUCGCACAACAACAACAACGAGAGCAACAACAAAAGCAAUGUUCGCAGAGUACAGGCUACAAGAAAUUCUUUUUGCCACGGCGGUAUGAAAAGAAAGUCGUUCCUGGUCAACCAUUAAGUGAUUGCAACAAUAUGUCUCCUUGGGCAGAUGGAUUGCAAAAUCCACCUCCGAAAUCAUUACAACAACAACCACGCUAUCCCAACAUCAUGGAUCGACGCACGCCACGUUUCAAUGCCACAAUGCCACCACAUCAGGAAAUGCCGGAGGAGGAAGCCAGAUGUGCGCAAGAAAUGCCACAAUAUCCACAAUAUAUGCCACAGCCGCAUGUAAAAUUCUUGGAACAAAAUUUACGGCAGUACGAAAAUUGCGAUCCCUCUUGUUAUGCGCGUGCGGAAGAAACGAAUUUUCAAAAUCAAGAUCGAAGUGCGAUGCUUGAACAAACGCCAAGAGAUCGCUCCUGUUUCGAUGCCUACCGAGAGUACGAAAAUACGCGCAUACCAGAAUUUACAGGCUGCCCUUGCAUGUUCAAAACAUAUCUAAACAUGGUAACACUUUACUAUCCAGAGUAUCGGAUUAGAAUAUGUGAUAGCGAUACAGCAAUUGAGGAUGAUGAAUUUACCAACUAUUAGUGUCUACUUUCGUUUGUAUCGCAAAUAUUUCUUUGCAUUUGUGUACUUUUUUUACGUGUCUAAAU